UAUUAUGUAAAGAUAGGUUUUAAGAAAGAGAUCAAAUAAGGUGUUAAGAAUAAUUGGGUCAACUAAAACCCCAUAUUUUUUUCUCCCCAAAUUCCAAAAUCCUCCCAAUAUUUCAUCCAAAUCACGCAUCCACAGCGUUCCCACCCAGCUCCCAAUUGCUCUAAAAUCUUGUGUAACCCUCUCUCGAGUCGAGAUGGCGCGUCCAUCCUAUUGACCGUACAAGAUUGGAAGGGAAGUGGUAGUAAGGAUAUUUCAAACGGUUAAGGAGCAAGGGUGUCGAUGUUGGAGUAUUAGAGUCAACAGAAGCUGAAGAGUUCCAUCCAUCAGGUAGCACUGUUAGAGUUUAGUUUAGUAAUAGCAUGAUAAUAUCAUUGAUAUUUAUAUAUGGAAGCUCAAUGUCAGUUUUGUGGGAUUGUAAGAGCUAUGAUUUACUGCAAGCCAGAUUGCGCUCGACUUUGUUUGCGUUGCGAUGGCAUUGUACACUCUGCAAAUUCUUUGUCUCUCAAGCAUCCCCGAUCGCUCCUAUGUGAUAAGUGCUUAUUCGGCUCGGCAAUUGUACGCUGUGUUGAUCAUAAACUAUCUCUCUGUCAAGAUUGUGAUUGGAAUUCAAAUGACUGUUUUCUAUUGGGACAUAAGCAUGUGGUACUCACUUUCUUCACUGGUUGUCCCUCUUUGGCAGACUUAUCUAGGAUUUGGCCUCAUUUCGUCGUUGCCAAUUCAUCGGACAGUGCUGCUUCUUGGGAAUUACCUAGUACUAAUACCUUGCCUAAAAUUGAUAGCAACAUUGACCAACAUUUGGAGCAACAACAUGACAAGAUUUGCUUCAUUGGUUUGGGAAAGGCCAAGUUGGAUGAAGAAGAGCCAUGUGUACCUUGGCUUGAGAAAUUUCCUAUUUCAAAUUGCACAGCAUUUUGUAAAGAUCAAACAUUUUUUUUUAAUCAAGAGUCAAAACAACCAUCAAAGAUAUGCCCUGAUAUCAACAAGGAUGAAGCAAUUCAUGAAGGGACUAGUCUCUAUGAAGGUCUCAAUGUAGAUGAUAUUCAAUUAAAUUUUGAAACUGUGAAUGAAAUUUUGGAUUGCUCUCAAACUUCCACAAAAUACAACCAAGAAGAUGGAGGAAUAGAUUGUCUAUUAAUGGAAAAUAACACAAAAUGUAGCAGUCAUAUAAUUGAGACUGCAGUCGAGGCUUCAUCAUCAGUUCAACAAGAUUAUGUAGAUUAUCAAUCAUCAGGGGCUAGUAAUGCAAAUUGUGCACUUAUGACUCCUAGUUGCAACCAAGGCAUGAGUCUUGGAUUUCCUCAGAGUCAAAUUCAUUCAGACAUAUCCAUUCAAUUACCUACUAUGAUUAGUGGUGAAAACAUGCCUAAAGAAUUUCAUGAUGGAGGAUUACCUCCUUGGGAAUCAAAUUUGGAAGGUAAAUGUCCACUAGCAAGGGAGAAAGCCAUAAUGAGAUACAUGGAGAAAAAGAAAACUAGAACAUUUGAUAAGCAAAUAAGAUAUGCAUCUCGCAAAGCAAGGGCUGAUACAAGAAAACGUGUGAAAGGUAGAUUUGUUAAAGCCGGCGAAGCAUAUGAUUAUGAUCCUCUUUUGAGCGACAGCUAAACAUAUCAUCCACAAUCACAAUCUUUUCCUUGCAAAGGAAGGUUGUCCCUGGACAUUGUGGUUGAUACCGAUAUGUCAGAGCAUUCAGCAAGUUAGUAUUGCGGACCUACAUACUAUUUCUUGCUUGUUGAGGGAUGUGCACGGCGAUCGAUCGACUGUCCCGAUCCACGAUGAAGUUUAACAGGUUAGAAUGUGUUACUGUCUUAGCCUGUGUGUUACUAACACACAACACACAGGCUAAUGAGGAAUAAAAGGGAAACUAGUGUUUGGCAAGCAACAACACUCUUUUGCAAAAGUUACUGACUCAAAGAUACUGACUCAAUAAUAUCCUUUGUUGGAAUACACCAUUUUUCCUUCGGGAGUGGUAACAUUUUAAUCUUAAUUGUACAAACUUUGGAUUCAUUUCUUUAGAGGGAACUUGUUUGAAAUUUGAAAUUUUGAUUGAUGUUUGUUUCCUUGAGUGUUGUGUAUUGUUUGGCAUUAAAAGUAAGUUAUAUGGUCAAAUUGUGGUCCAUGUGACAAGUUUAUAGCAUCAAUUCAGAUUGUUGACACUGGAAACUUGUGACAUGUGACUUUAAUCUUCAAAUAGAAAAAUAUUGGUCUAGGUUGGUGGCAUAAUUACUAAAACAUUGCAAACUUUGAGUUUUUUUUAUAAGGAAUAGAAUCUAAUAGAUUUUUUGUUAUGGAUUAAGUACUGAAAAAUGGAAUUUUGGCUAAAGUAUUACAAAGCUAAGCUACUUUUCUGAAUUUACUUUUCUUUGCUUUAUUCAAUAUCUUCAUCAUUACAUAUAUAGUACUAUUCAUGACGAAUAUUCCAUUGAUAUCUCCUUCUAGUACUUGCAUUUCUUAACAAACUAGUGACUCAUUAUAACAGAAUUGAGUAGAUAAGAGCAGAGAGAAACUUCUAGAUCCUACAACAUGCAACUUGCAACAACUUAAAAGAACCAUAAAAACGUUUGGAGAGCUUGUGACAACGCCGACUCACUACUGAAGUCUGUCAUAUGGUCUGAGUUUGACAAAAAUCCAGUCUCCCACUUUGAAUUGAUGAGGGGUGCGCCGCUAAUCAGCAUAAGUUUUCGUCGUCUCUUGUGCUUUGAGCAGUUUGCCUUUGACAGACAUGUUAUAAUGCCAUUCCGCCCAAUGAAGCACGAGCCUCCAUUGUUUUGGCUUGUCAUGAACGAAAGACCUCAAAUAUUGCUGCAGAAUUUUUGUGACAAUUUCCGUUUGACCAUCACUUUGUGGGUGAUAGGCCGUGGACAUACGCAAUUUAGUGCCACUGAGGAGAAAUAGUUCUUUCCAGUGAAAGCACCGAUUUGUUAUGGAUUAAGUACUAAAAUGAAAUUUUGGCUAAAGUACUACAAAGCUAAGCUACUUUUCUGAGCUUACUUUUCUCUGCUUUAUUCAAUAUGUUCAUCAUUACAUAUAUAGUACCACUCAUAAGAAGUAUUCCAUUGGUACCUCCUUCUAGCACAUGCAUUUCUUAACAGACUAAUGACUCAUCAUAACAAAAUUGAGUAGAUAAGGACAGAGACUUUCUAAGCACCACAUUCCCAUAGUGCAAGUCUUCCUCCUCAUACGGUCCAUCUACUUGAUCCAUAACAAUUUGCAUUGAGAAAAUGUGUUAGUUGAUAACAACCAGAUGUAGCUAGCUUUACUUGGCAAAUAUAUAUGGUGCAGUUAUUAAAUGCAACUAGCUUAGUUAAUAGAAAUACCAUACGUAGUUAGUAAAUGCAGAAAAACGUAAACUUUUCAAAUGAUUACUAUUUAGUUAUGAGUUAAUUUCAAUUUACGGUGAGGUUUGUUUCCUUUAUCUUGGCAAGGAAUAAAGCCUAAUGGAUUUGAGUUGAGACAAUGUCUUAGUAGAUGAAACUAGCUUUAGUUAAUACACAGACCGAGCUUAGCAGAUGCAGACAAAUUCUGGUUAUUGAUACAAAUACUAUUCAGUUGACUAAUUUUAAAUUUAAGGGAAUGGAAGCUAAUGGAUUUGAGCUGAGAAAAUGUGUUAAUUGAUAAGGACCAGGAACAAAGUCAACCGAUGAGACAAGAUUUACUUAGCAAACAUAUAUGGUGCAAUUAGUAGUUGCAACUAGCUUUAGUUAUGGAACAUACUAGACUUUGUUAGCAGAUGCAGAAGACACAGGCUAUUUAUACAAUUACUUCUAAGGUGACCCUCUUUCCCAUCUCCUUUUUUGUAUUGCGGAGGAGGUCCUUAGUCGAUAUUUCUAUGCUAGUUCAUGAUGGCUUGCUUUGACUUGUGGCUGGGACAAGGGGAACCUUAGUUCCAUCUCACGUUUUGUAUGUUGAUGAUGUGAUGAUUUUAUGUAGAGGAAAAUCUCUCUAGUUUGAAAGCUCUAAAAAAUUUUGUUUUGGAUU